CACCUUCGCGGCGGCCGAUGGCGCUCAGUUUGCAAGCGGACGAUCUUGGAAUAACAGCCCCCCUCGGUGGUAAAGUGGACGGCCAUCGCAUCGCUUUCGUGUUCAAUUAGGCGUGUGACACACAGUGUGUCAUCCGAUGUGGACAAUUGAUAGUCAAAAAUAUUUUAAGUGCUGAAAAGGACUGAAUAGCCCGGAAGAAGCAAUCAGUGGACGGUGAAAGGUGAAGAGAGCAAAUAACGGUCAGUGGUCGGUGGAAACGAGUGCAGAACUUUGAUGGACUGUUUGUUGUGACAGAUUGAACUAACUCGACAAGUGGAUAUUUCUUUGAAGGCGACUAUCUCAAAAAGUGGGAUCCCCUCCACGAAUCCGUGCCGUUACCGUACUUAUCCCGUAUCAUCAUCAUCAUCUGACAGCUGAUAAUUGAAAGCAACCGUCUCUCGAUUGCGACGACGACUUGUGUGUAGUCGAGGUGGAAGCUCCCGGCGAAUCCGCAGUUGGCUCGCUGCUGAGGCUGCGAAACCCUCAAACUGUUUUUGUGCACCCAGCUCGAAGCGAAAUCUACUCCGAGAAGAGCGGUUGGUGGGGAAAAGACAUCUGACGAUACUUCAUUUAUUAGUCACGUUAUGUUAAUUGUUGGCAGUACCGAGAAGAGUGAUUUUUGUUCCGACGAUUAGGAAUCGGUUCAUUGUGUGCUUGAAGGGCGAGAAAACCAUGGCGAAUUUUGCGAAGGAAGCGUUGAUUGCGCAAUUCUUGGGGUUGCUUGUUCUGGCAGUUUCGGGCCAGAAUCCGGACCCGAUUUUGUUCCCGCCGACGCCGGGAACACCAACAACUCAGGCAGACCGCCAGUUUCGAGUGGUGUACGAGUGGAAUGUGUUGGACUUUGCUUACCACAGUGAGGAGGAUCGGGCUCGCGCGCUCUAUCAUGGAGACUACAUUCCCAAAAACGUACUGAUUUCGGACGUUAAGCCGUACGCCAAUCGGUUGUACGUGUCGGUGCCUCGGAUGCUGCCCGGCGUGCCGGCCACUCUCGGCUACUUCGUCCGCCCGGAGAACAAUGGACGCACGGAUCCGGAAAUAGUGCCGUUCCCUUCGUGGGCCAUGAACGAACGAGGAAACUGCUCGGCGCUGCAGUUCGUCCAGGGCGUCGCCAUCGACAAGUAUGGCAUUAUGUGGGUGGUGGACUCCGGCCGGACGGAAACGCUGCAACGAGGCAACAACCACGUGACCUGCCCACCCAAAUUGCUGCUUCUGGACCUCAAACGCAACGGAUCGAUUGUUCUUCGCUACGAAUUCCCCCAACAGGUGGUCCCGACCGGCAACAACUACCUGAACAAAAUCGUCAUCGACGAUGCCUUCGGAGGGUUCGCGUACAUCACCGACAACAGUGGUUCCGAUCCGGGAAUUGUCGUUUUCUCACGCCGACUGCAUCAGGCGUGGAAGGUUCGCGAAAACAAUUCGAUGCGGGCCGCGCAAAAUGCGGUCCAAUUUGCUGUGAACGGAACCGAACUGACGUUCUCGAUUCACAUCGAUGCCAUCGCUCUGGGACCGUACUACAACCCGAACGUGCAGAAUGACCUCGAUCCGCAUGUUGAUCCGCUUUUGGCAAACCAGAACUACGAGAGGAACGUUUACUACAGUCCACUGUCCAGCUACCAUCUGUACUCGCUGCCGGCCACUUUGCUGCGUGAUCCGGAGUACGUGGCGAAGGCCACCCCGCGGGACAUUCUGGAAGCAGUGACCGACUACGGGCGCAAGAGCUCGCAAACCGACGGGAUGAUUAUGGAUAAUCAGGGAGAGCUGUACUACGGUCUGUUGGGCGAGCACUCGAUCGCUCGCUGGGACUCGUACAAACCGUUCACGCCCAAGAACCAGGUCGUCAUCGCUAGGGAUCGCACCCACAUUCAGUGGGUGGACGGAAUGGGCUUCGAUCACGAGGGCUACCUGUACGUGGUGGUCAAUCGGCUGCACAACUUUGUCGCCGGAAAACUGCGGGCGGAUGAAACCAACUUCCGUAUUUUGCGGGCCAAGACGGACGCCUUGAGCUACGUCAGCACUCCGAACAACGUGUUCAACAACGACGUGCGGUACAAGUACGACGGCCAGGUUGAUAACAGUUUGCUGCACUAUGGAGUGUCGUCGACGACGCCGGUGUCGAGCCGUUUGGAGACGGCGUCGAUUUUCGGACGAGGUGCUGCUGGAGUCAAGGAGGCCAGUUUCGCGACGGUGGUAGUUGCGUUGGCGCUGGCCAAGCUGUUAUCGGUGUGAAGUUAUGAUUGAAUUUGUUUGUAAGGACGGUGCAAUUUCCUGAUUUCAGUUACCACGUUAAGUGUCUUAAUUAUUGUAUAAGUAAGAGGUUAAGUUGUAAAUAAUUGAUGUUACGAAAUGUAAAUAGAUUUUAAAGAUCGAGAGUCGAUGCAAAAGUGUAACAUGCAAAGCAGUUCAAAACCGAAAUAAAAAUGCGAUAAAA